AUGAUCAAACACUCUGUGUUUCCAGCCCGUAAUGGCCCAUUAAGGGGUGUUCCCAUACCUCUGAAUGUGCAAUCACUUAAUAAUUGGUCAAUCCGUCUGAUUCAUUCCACUGGGUUCAGUUUCAUAACACUGUUACAACCAGAAGUCGAUACAAAAGCUCAACUUUACUAUACGGGGUAUCAAUGGAGAGAUACUCCAUACUCCCAAAGUUCAGUACCUCCUGGACCUAAUGAAAGAGAUGUUAUAACCACCACUAGUGCUCCCAACACACGGCUUCCAGCUAUGAUCUCUUUACCGGGGUAUCAUCCAAUGAAUUUGACAUAUUCAAGAGAUAGCACUACAAACUAUCACACACCUGAAACGGCCUAUUUGUCACCAUUGAUGAUUACUGGAGAUGAUAUGGGUGGAAAGUCAGAUAAUGAAAGCAAUAUACGGAAGCUGGAUCCUUUGAUACAAGUAGAGUGUGGCAGACAACAUGUUAUGGGUAUGAGUGGUCAAGGGAGAAUAUGGGUUUGGGAUGCUGGAAUUCCGGGACAUAGUGCAGUUGAGUUGGAUAUAGCCAAAGUGAUUAAAAGUUUUAGUGGGGGGAAACUACUUAGAGCCACCAAAAUCAGAUGUUCAUGGAAUGCUAAUAGUUGUUAUGUUCCAGGGUUAGGUAUAAUCGUAUGGAACGGAAGAGAAUCUGUAACAGAAGAAGGUAUUAAAAAAGUUGAAUUUGGACAAUGGGCCCAAUUGGUUCCAAAUACUCAGUAUGUUAAAGAUUAUGCCUGUGUAUUUGAAGACAUUGUUUACAUAGACUCGAUGGGAAGGAAUAUCAAUCAUUACCAUGAAGGCAAGACAGAAGCCAUUUCCAGUGUUGGUUUGGAUCUGUUGAGUCCACAUAAGGAAGAUGUUAAAUUAGAUCAAGAUGAAGAAGAAUAUUCUAGACUUCUGGCUUGUUAUGACAAGUUUAUUGCCACCACAACUUAUUCCCGAACAGUGGUUUACAAUGUUCGAGAGAAGUCCGGAGUUACAAUAGAAUUACCCGUGGAAGCAGCUCCUCUAGUGGAUAUUGCAAUGGGUGAUUAUCACUAUCUUGCACUUGCUGCUGAUGGUGAAUUGUAUGCUUGGGGUCACGAGAGUCGUGGGUGCGGAUGUUUGGGUGUUGAGGCCCAGCGAACAAAUCAGGAUUUAAAUAUACCCAAGCCUAAAUUGGUCCAAAAACCUGUACCAGGUAAAUGGCUCGCGGUGACUGCUGGUGGUUGGCAAAGUGCUGGUAUAUUUGUUGAGGAUGUUUAA